AUGACAUCCGCUCGGGUAUCCAAAAGGCCAGCGGUCACACCCUCUGGUUCGUCACAAGUCAAGAAGUCUAGAGUCGAACCCACACCCUUCACUGUCGAUAAUAAUGAGCAGGAUGAUGUUGGCUGGGCAGACGUUGCUGAGGAAGAGGAUGCGGAGGAGGUGAUGGUGGUGGGGGAGGAGGUGAAGGUGGAGGAAGGCGGCACUGAGGAUGAGGAGGAAGACGACGCGACCGAGGGCGGGAACAACAAAAGAGUGAGCGAUAGGAAGAAGAGAGACCGGUUGUUUGCUCAACUUUGCAAGCCAGAAGUUUAUCUUGUACUCCAAGGCAGGAACCCCUGGACAACUGUAGAAACAACACAAACGACUCUUCACAAGAAAUUGGCCAAAGCCUUCGCUGCCCGCUAUCCCAAAGAGUCGCCCAUGAACGCGAGUAUUGUCAGGAGCAAGAUUGCGGGUCUGAAAGGGAGCUUCAGGAAUUCACACACCCUGGCUAAUUUGUCGGGGUUUGGCGGCAAUGAUGAUGAGGGUUUGAAAAACGCAAUCAAGAAGAAGUUUCGGUACUACUUCGAUAUGAAAGAUAUUUGGUCAGUCGCGUGGACUGACGAUGUGCCCCAGUAUACCGUCGCCGACGACGCGGCUCAACGACCUCAAGUCUUUCCUCGACGACUUCCUUCUUCUUCUCAAGGACCAAUCGACCUAAACCAAAGUCCUGGCACUUCCUCCCAAGGCGACACAUCUAGCCAUAUCCAAGAGCACGAUCAGUAUGAUGCAACCGAGUGGGUGAAUGAGCUCGAUGGGUCUGGUCCGGAGGAGCAAGAGGAGGAGGAGGAAGAUGCCCUUCUUCUGCGCAGAAAUCGCCUUGCUCCUCAUCAAAGUCAAGGCUCACCAACGGUGCAUCCUAUUGCUACUCGAUUGGCACCAGGCGCAUUGCCGCCGUCACCGCAUACCUCACGAUCAGUCCCCGCAGGAGAAUCGCGAAUACUGAUGCCGGCACCUGCGAGAGGUCGUCGUUCAGUCACACCUGCAUCGGCCCAACCAUCACAAACAUCCACCUCCAACUCUACAAUGAACAAUCCCACCAAUUUCAGCGACCUGGAGGAUAUAAUUCGAGCCGGCAUGGCGAGCGAUCACCAGAUUCGAGAGCAGGAAUUGAUUCUGCAGCGAGAAGCAUUGGCACUGCAGAAGGAGGAGACUGAGCACAGGAGAAAAAUGGAGGGUGUGAGGUUGCAACUGGAGAGAGAACGGAUACAGCUGGAAUCAGAGAGUCGUCGACAGCAACAAGCCAAUGAGUUCGCUAUCAAAAUGGAGGAGAUAAAGACACAAAGAGAAAUCAAGCUGAAAUCCAUGGAGCUCCAAGCAGAGUUGAAUCGCAGGGAGCAAUGGAAGCAAUUUACAUCUAUUGGUUAA